CAAAAGCGCGAGCUUGGGUCUGACGUCACAGACCACCCUUAUCGUUUUUGCCCGUUCGGUGGGCUAUUGAUUUGAAUGCAGUUUGCCAUUGCCAGUUGUGAGUGUCGAAUAACUGUGACGUUUGCUCGGUAUUUAUGUUAUUGUAUUUAGUGUAGUUUAGUGUAUUUAUUGUGUAAUAUACUUUAUCAAAAUGGAAAACAAAUCUGCGCAAUGUAAGUACUGUGUAGUGCCGGGAUGCAAAAGCACAACUGUCAGAACAUCCAACAAACAUUUUUUUACUCUACCAAAAGAACCAAAACGUCGAUUAAAAUGGCUAAAGGCAUGCAGGCGAGAUAAAAAGGAUAUUUCACAAAAAAGCAUAGGUCUUUAUGUCUGUGAGGAUCAUUUUGAUUUGGAACAAGAUAUGGAUAACUAUAUAAAAUUCAAGAUUAUGGGUGGUCCCAAAAUUAUUAAGUCAGGUGUUGUCCCGCACAUAUUUGAUUGUCAACCAGACAGAAAACGAGCUUUUUCUCAGCCUGUGAGGGAAGCAGCCCUUAAAAGGGUUAAACGACAGCUUCUUGAAGAUGCCGCUUCUACAUCUAAGUCUGUUUUAGAGGACAAUGAUGAUAAGAGACAAUGUGAUCCUAGUUUCACAAACUUAGUACAAUCAGGACCUGAAUUAAACCAAUCAGCUUUACAUCAAAAACUGAAUAAUGCAUCAACACAGACUCACAUCAAAAUAAGAAGUAAAGGUAUUCAGUGCAAAUUUUAAAGGAGUGUUACAGUCGGGUUGUCGCCAUUGAAAAUACAUAAUAAGGAUGCAGGAACUUCACCUAUAAAAGACUUGCAAAUAUUUGAAGAUACAAAAAGUGAAUCAGGAAGUUCUGUAUUUGAAGAGUAUAGUGAAUAUAGUGGUAGUGACGACUGUUGGUACAGUGAAAGUGAUUCUUUAUCUUGUGAUGAAGAUACGAAAGAAGAGGAAGCAAAACAAUUUAAAAGUUUGCCUUUGAAGUGUACAGUGAUGAAGUUACAAUACAGACCUAGACUGUAUAUGGGGCUACCAGAAUAUGCAUUUUACACGUUUCAAUUAAUGGAAAAAUAUUGUAAGACUCAAACAAUGCAUCUAUUUUUAACUCUUAAAAAGAUAAGAACAGGACAAACAUUUAUGUCUCUUAAAGAUGAUUUCGGCAUAAGCGAAAGCAAUGCAUCGAGAAUAUUUGCAAAAUCUGUUCCAUUACUUAGUAAAUAUUUAAGAUCUUGUAUUUUUAAUCCACAAGUGAAUUCAGUUAAAUUAAACUUACCCUUAGCAUUUCGAGCUCGUUAUAGUAAAGUAUUUUGUAUUAUCGAUUGCUUAGAAAUUGAAAUUGAAAAACCCUCAGAUUCUGUUAAACAGUCCUUAACAUGGUCUGAAUACAAAAAGUUCAAUACUCUAAAAUAUUUAAUUGCUUGCACUCCUGAUGGGAUUAUUAAUUUUAUUUCUACUGCUUUCGGUGGAAGAACGUCGGAUGCAGUUAUUCUUGAACAUAGUGGUUUUUUAAAUGUUCUUCCACCGAAAGUGGCGGUAAUGGCUGACAGGGGUUUUAAACCCAUAGAGCAUUUGUUUGUUAGCAGAGAUUGCCAAUUAAUUAGACCACCAAGUGUAUCUUCAAGUACAAAACUUACAAAAAGUGAAGUAUUUGAAACAAAAAGAGUAGCUAGUUUAAGAAUUCACAUUGAACGAGUUAUACGUAGAUUAAGAGAAUUUGCUUGCUUAGCCCCUCAUACCUGUAUUGAUAGCAAAUUGAUAUAACAUACAGAUAAUAUAACAAAAAUUGUUUGUGCACUCAUAAAUUUACAGUCAGGAGUAAUAUCGGGAAAAUAAUUUUAAAUUGAUUUUUUGGUAUGUCUACUCAAUGAUUUUGUGAUCGAAAUACAAGGAAAAUACGAUCGAAAUACUAGGAAUUUUCAAUUAAAGACGAUUAAAAUGUACUAUUGUACUUAAUCGCUUUCUUUUGAAAACC